CCUCGCGCGGGCUGGCGGCGGAAGUUCCGGAGCGGGCUGGUAAGCUCGAGACUGAGUCUCUCAGUCAGAAGCCGGGUAGAAAGAGAAAGAGACGGGAAGGAAGAGGUGUGAGUUGUUGAAGCCUCUAUUGGUGUAUGUGCGGUAACAACAUGUCUGUCCCCCUCCUUGCUGAUGCUGUGACCGUUUCAGGGGCAGAGCGGGAGACUGCAGCGGUCAUUUUUUUACAUGGGCUUGGAGACUCAGGGCACAGCUGGGCUGAGGCCCUCUCCUCCAUCCGUCUCCCUUAUGUGAAAUACAUCUGCCCUCACGCGCCCAGGAUCCCCGUCACCCUCAACAUGAAGAUGGUCAUGCCGUCCUGGUUUGACUUGAUGGGCCUAAGUCCAGACGCACCUGAGGAUGAAACUGGAAUCAAAAAAGCUGCUGAGAACAUUAAAGCAGUAAUUGAGCAUGAAAUAAAGAAUGGGAUCCCAGCCAAUCGUAUCAUCCUGGGCGGCUUUUCGCAGGGCGGCGCUCUCUCUCUCUACACGGCGCUCACCUCCCCACACCAACUGGCUGGCAUCGUGGCCCUCAGCUGCUGGCUCCCCCUGCACAAGACCUUUCCUCAGGCAGCAAAUAACAGCAUGAACAAAGACAUCCCCAUUCUGCAGUGCCACGGGGAGAUGGACCCCAUGAUCCCAGUGCGCUUUGGAGCCCUCACUGCUGAGAAGCUAAAGGGUAUUGUGACCCCCAGCAGGGUGCAGUUCAGAACCUAUCCAGGAGUGAUGCACAGCUCCUGCCCGCAGGAGAUGAUGGCCGUGAAAGAAUUCAUCGAGAAGCUUCUGCCCAGGAUUUAAACAGAGCUGCUCAAGACUGUUGCAGGGAGAGGCGACAAGUGGUCACCACCUAUGAUCUUUAACCCUUGACCUGUCGGCUGCAAUGGGAAGCCGUGGCGAUCCACCUCCACUCCUGUCGGUUUCCUUUCUCUGGCUUUCCCCUUCCUCCUGCACCGUGCCCCUCCUGUGCAAAGGGAGGAGGGGGUGCCCUCUCUCCUGUAGGUGGAGCGAAGGUACGCAGCAGUUUUAAGGUACAGCUGAGAUCCCAUUGUGGCUGCCUCCUUGCCAGUUAGUAUUUUGGUCCUCUGAUUUCAGCCUUUCCCUGCUCUCUCCUCUCCCUCCUCCACCCCAAACACACAUCCACACACACUUGCUGUGGCAAUGAACUGGGUGGUAGCCGAAAGCUUAAAACACAGGUAUUAUGAGAUGGUGUUCUAUGCUGUUACAGUAUUUGCAGGGAGCAUCUGUGAGGUUUCUGAGCUCCCUGAUUGGUUGGCAGUCCCAUCCAUCAUUACCACCAGGCCUCCCUCCUCUGUCAUCUAGAGCCUGUCCCAGCUUGCCUCUCACUGGAGCCAUCUUCAUGGGGCUGGCAGAGGCAGGGUCCCUCUUUCACGCUGCUAACGCUCACGUUCCUCUGGGUUGGAGAGGCAGGAAGAAACUGCCACCGCCCCACCCGGGCGAUCAUUUCACAGAGCUCUGUACCUUGAAUCCUGCUCCAUCACUCCAUCAGCAUCGCCAGACAGGGACCGGGGCGGGGAAGAGGGCAGAGUGGAGGGGCAGUGGGUGUCUGCAGUACGUCCUUCAGACGCAGUCUGGGGCUGUUCCUCCCCAGUCAGCCACCUGCACAACUCCCCGGUUGUGCUGGAGUUGGGGCCCUGACGUGGCGGAGGGGUUCCCCACCUCACCAGGAAUUCCUCCAGUGUUGUAUAUUUUUUUAAAAACCCUUUUGUUCCUUUUGCCAUCCUCUCUGCUACCAUCGUCGUCCACACACGGGCUCCAUCUUGUUUUGCCACUGUGCAGGCAGGGCAGAGUUCAAGGGAGGAGCACGGCGGCCUUCUGCUCAUUACGGCACUCCCAGAAGCAGCCCCCACUCAUCGCGGGCAGCUCCUCUGGCAGCCGAGGCAGCGCCUCGCUCGGAUGCCAGUGCUCAAACACGGUGCCCGGGCCUCGAAGCCCGGAGCGCCCCCACUUCUGCUCCUGAGCAGCUGCAAGCUGGCUUUCUGUGUGUGGCACCUCCCUGUCUGCUAGUGGAACCUGUUGAGCUUGGUGCCCCCUCCUAGCCCUGGUGGCUGGCACCUUUUUGAGGCGGCUUCCAGAAUCUUGUCUGUCUUGUUGUGCUGCGAGCCCCCCCCCCUUUUGCCAGAGGCCAGGCUUUCGUGCUCAUUUCUGGCAGGGGGCUGUGCUGUUGAACAGCAAUGGUUCUCUUGAGAACACCCCCACCUCACCCCACCCCGCUCCAAUGAGCCCCCCAUAUGGGCCGAUUCAGAAUUGACAGCCAGGGACAGGGUGCAUCUUCUAAAAGACCUUUUUGUCUUUCCCUUUCUUCGGGUGAAGGGCUCGUGUUGCCUCCCAUGUUGCCCUCGUGUCUUGUUCAUCAGUUCACCCCUUCCCCCCACCCCCACCCCCGACAGUCCUCUGUUUGCUGGUGGCAGCGGCAGCAGCAAGAAGAGGGCCAGGACCACAUGGGACUAGGACAAUCCCUCCACCCAGGGCUCCAUGCCCAGCACAAGGGAUGUGAACUUAUCUCUCUGCAGCGGUUGGACAAUUGCCCCAUUCCUUGUGGGGCAAGAUGGUCCCCUUCCUGCUUUCAGGGCAAGACUUUCUCCCUUGCCCCUCGAGUGGCUGUUGUAGCUGCCUGUGCCGCCGCUCCUGGCUGAUGCUGAACUUGGGAAUGGUUCAGCUGAGGCCGAGCUUGGCUUCUAUGCAAGGCGAAAGCCUCCCAUGUAAGGUUGCUCCACCUUUGGCGCACGGAGAGGUGCCGGGCGCUUUGUGCACUUCCUGUGUUAGCAGCUGAUGGCUGGCCAGUGUCAUCAUCAUCCCCCACCCCCGAAAGCUGGAGGUGUUUCCUAGUUCUAGUCCCAGAUAGGGCCAGAUAUGUGGCCUGGCGCCAGAGCUGCUCCCAUUCACUCUGGCAGAGCGAGGGGCAGCGGCGGGGACGGCUUGGAACAGGCGGAAGCAUUCAGGGCGGCUCCUGUGAUGCCCUCGCCAGAGAAACAGAAAGCAAUCAUCCUUCUCUAAACUGAUUUGUGUUAGGCCCAUUUAAAGGAUCGGCUUAAACCGCAAAGCUGCCUCUCGCCUGCCCUUUGCGGGGUUCCCCUCUUCCGUUUUCUGCUCAGCACUGGGAUGUGCUAACAGGCAGAAGCGUCCACGGUCUGGACCAGCUCGUGCCCCAGAAUGAAGGGAUAAAGUCCUGAGGUAGUCGAGGGAACUGUACCACUUGAUGACUGCGAGAUGUACAUGCGCCAUUUUUUAAAAUCCCUGCAAAUAAAAUUGAGCAGCUCAUUGAGGUCUUAGCCCAGCCUUCCCCCGGUGUGCUACUUUUCUACUUGCAGGGAGUGUGUGUGUGUGUUUGUGUAGUUUUCUUUAAACAUAAGCUAUUUAGACAUGUGACUUCUUACCCACCCCUCCAGCUAGAAGUGGUACAGUCCACUUGGGCCUUCCCACUCCCUCUGCGUUCUGCUGCGUGUGUGUAGGCCAGACCUCUGCUUCCCAUCUCCAUUGUGUGGACAGGCAGACGUGGGAGACCGGGCUCUUUCAGGGCACUGGCUGCCGCCUUUCUCCCUCUCAGGCCAGGUAUUGGGUUGUUCCACAUAGCAACUGCGCAGAGAAGUGCUCCGGUCUCUGCUGCUGCCGCCACCUCCGUUUUGUCUGCCCCCUUCUCAAAGCAGUUGUCCAAGUGGCCUGCAAGUCAUAGGUAUCUCUGGCGGGAAUGUGUUAAGCACCUGGAAGCCCAAGGAAGAUGGUGGCUUCUCUUUGUUCCUGCACAUGACUCUUACUUCUCUCUCCCCUCCCUUUCCCUUUUGUCUUCCCCAUUCAUCAUUUUUAUUUUUUGUGUUCCACUGAGAUUAAAACAAACACAACCAUCAGUGCCUCACCUUGUUGUUCCUUCGGCGUAGUCUCAAGACGUGCCCGUUUCCCCUGCAGCUGAGCGUUCAGAGCACUUUGUGUCUCUUGCAGAGAGGACCAACAAGCCU